GAAUAAAAUAUGUUCUAAUGUCGAUUGUUUAUUUUCUUUCAUUGUUCGUAUCAACAAUCCCAGUAAAAUAAUUAUUGGAAUUAUUACUGAUUUGUCUAUAACGAUAACAAAUUAAGGAAACUACUAGAGACUCCAGGAAUAUCUACAUUUGCUGUUUUGGUGUAGUUCUCAACAGAAGUCAAAAUGCCAGGGGACAACGAUCAUCACGAACCAGAAACUCCGGCCACGCAACGUUUGACGAACGAUGAUUUUCGUAAACUACUUAUGACACCGCGAGCCCCACCAGGCACUGGACAUGCCGCUGGAUCAAUACGUGACGCGAUGUCCAAAGCAUCGUCGUCCACUUCCGCUACGGGAGCGACGGUAGCGUCGACUUCAUCAUCGUCAUCUAUGAAACCACCUGCGUCUGAAAGACACGAAGCACGACGUAAAAAGAAAAACUUUUAUGCACAGCUCAAGAAGCAGGAAGAUAACAAACUGGCCGAACUGGCAGAAAAAUACCGCGAUCGGGCAAGAGAAAGGCGUGACGGCGCAAAUCCAGACUAUCAAAAUCUAGAUUCAUCUAGCUCAACAAGCGCAUACCGCGCUGUGGCACCGGAUGUGAAAUCAGGUUUAAACGCUGCCGAAAGGCGUAGGCAGCAGAUUCAGGAAUCCAAGUUCUUGGGUGGUGACAUGGAGCAUACCCAUUUGGUGAAGGGCCUCGACUACGCUCUGCUGCAAAAAGUUCGAAGCGAAAUUAUAGCUAAAGAGAAUGAGCAGGAGGAAGAGAUGGAAAAGUUAGUCGACAUUGAACCCUCUGCAGAAGCGUCGAUUCCAGCUCCCGGCAACACACUACCUCCACAACGAGCUAGCGUAGCUGGCAACGUGGAUAAAGAACCGCAAGAUGAGUUGGAGUUUCGGACCGUACUGGGGCAAAACAUUUUUCGCACCUUGGAGAAACAACGCUCGCGGAAGAUUGAGCGAAACGAAAUGUUUGCUCCCGGUCGCAUGGCGUAUCAUAUCGAGCUAGAAGAUGAAAAUGUCGACUCGGACAUUCCCACAACCGUUAUUCGAUCGAAGGCAGAAGUACCAUUGGAGGUAGGAGAUACACAAACGCUCACUACAAACGAUAUUGUAAUCAACAAACUAGCCCAAAUACUGUCCUACAUGCGGCAGGGGGGAAGGGGCAAGAAAAAUAAGCGCCGUGAUAAGGAUAAACCUCUGUUUAAGUUGGGCGACGAACCCGGAAGCAAAGGUAUGGCGGAUGAUUCCAUAUACGGUGACAUCGGAGACUACCAUCCAAGCCGUCGUUAUGAAGAUGUGGCAGGAUCGUCAAAACUAGAAGGAAACACGGGUCGCCACAGCUACUUUGAUAAGUAUAAUGACAAUACAGCGGCUGAACGCGAAUCCUCUAGCAUACCGCCUGUUCCGGCGCCUCCGAAGCUGUCAGCACAGCUUAUUACUAAACUUACAGCGGAACCGGAAGGUUACGCUGAGUGCUAUCCAGGGUUACAGGAGAUGAACGAUGCUAUAGAUGAUUCGGAUGAUGAGGUCGAUUACACCAAAAUGGAUCUGGGAAACAAAAAAGGUCCAAUUGGACGCUGGGACUUUGACACACAGGAAGAAUAUUCCGAUUACAUGAGUAGCAAGGAAGCGCUGCCGAAAGCUGCCUUCCAGUAUGGUGUAAAGAUGCAGGACGGUAGAAAAACACGAAAACACAAGACAGAGAAGAACGAAAAGGCAGAGCUAGAUCGGGAAUGGCAGCAAAUACAGAACAUCAUCCAGAAACGUAAGGCUAAAUCGGGAGGCGAUGAGGACGUCGAUUUUAAAAAAUCGAAAUAUUAAUGUGGGUCAAAAAUCGAAAUAUUAAGACACAUUGUGUGAACAAGUUUUAUUCUCCUUCAUAAUACUACAGCAAUAAGUACACGCA